CAGCGGUUUUUCCUACAGCUUGUUAUCACCCAGUAAGUAACAGGUGCGCGGAGGCGAUGAUUUAUAAACGAGCCCGCCCUGCCCUACACCGCUCCCUCCCGAUCAAGCUGCAUCACAGACAACAUGGGAGGCCAGGUAACUCUGUUGAUAGUGGUGCUGGCGGCGCUACUGGGGACACCCGCGAUGGCCCAACGAACUCCCUGGUUGGCACCGAAAGGCACUCAGUUAUCAAGGGCCGCCCUCUUACGGGAACGUCUGCAUAAUCCUGUUGUGGGACCUGAGGACAACCUGCCGAUGGAGAGAGGUGCUGCAGCGGCGUCUGCGGUGUGUCUGGAGUGUCAGCUGGCAGUGGUGGUGCUGCAGGAGCAGCUGGCGGCGGGGAUGAACAUGACGAGCCUGGUGGUGGAGGGCAUCGUGGUGUGCUCCACUACCCUCGGCUACACUCUUAGUUUCUGUGAAGGUUUCGUUCCUAUGAUUAUGCCGAUCAUCCACCACGUCCUGACGACGAAUGAGGUGACGCCCAAAGAUGCCUGCGGGGAACUGUUCUCUUACUUCGGCUGCACCACCAACGACCCGAAGAGAGAGUGGUCGGUAGCUAUUCAGGGAGAGAAACCUGCGGUGGUUCCUGUCACUCCUCCUGAGCCUGACGCUCCCCGGAUGAAAGUUUUGCACCUGGCUGACAUUCACAUGGACCCUUACUACCGCUCUGGCACCAACGCCGUCUGCCCCGAUGACUUGUGCUGCAGGGAGGAGUCAGGCGUGGCGGAGAGUCCAGAGGCGGAGGCGUGGUACUGGGGUGAUUACCGGCACUGUGGCACUCCCCCUUACAUGCUGGAGGACCUGUUUAUCCACGCCUCUACCACGCACCCGGACAUAGACUACAUAGUGUGGACAGGAGAUGCAGUGCCGCAUAACGAGUGGUCUACCUCACCAGAGUACAACGUGGAGAUUGUGCGUGAAGUGAACAGCAUGAUCCAGAAGUACUUCCCCGAGGCUCCUGUGUUCCCCGUCGUUGGCAAUCACGAGAUGAGUCCGCUAGACCAAUUCCCCGAGCCAGGAAAAGCACCCGAGCAAUUCGCCGCCGACUGGUUGUACGAGGGGUUGGCGAGUCAGUGGAGCAGCCUUGUGCCGGACCUCGACCUCACCACCGUCAAGCACGCCGCCUACUACUCCGUGCUGCUGCGGCCAGGCUUCAGAAUCAUAUCCUUCAACUCCAUGUUUGGCUACAGUAACAAUAUGUGGCUGGUGGCAAACUCCCAGGAUCCCGCCUCUGAGUUGGCGUGGCUGGAGGGCGAGCUAAACAAGGCAGAGGCGGCAGGGGAGCUGGUGCACCUUCUCGGCCACGUGCCUCCAGGUAUCCUGGUGGCGGAGCGAACCUGGUCCCGCGAGUACAACAGGAUCGUCGUCAGGUACGAGAACAUCAUCCGCGGACAGUUCUUCGGCCACACCCACUACGACGAGUUCGAGGUGUUUCACGACGGCGAAAGACCGAUGGGUGUGGCCUAUAUUGCACCCAGCCAGACCCCGUGGUUCGACCUCAACCCAGCUUACCGCAUCUACUAUAUUGACGGAGACCGACCCGACACUACCAGGACUGUUCUUGACACCGAGACUUACGUGAUGAAUCUGACUGAGGCGCACGAGACGGAGACCGCCCGUUGGUACCAACUGUACAGUGCCCGCGACCUGUACGGCAUGGAGGGCCUCACGCCGCAGGAUUGGCAGAGUCUGGCCGAGAGGAUGGCUGUGGACCGCGAUCUCUUCAACCUCUACAUUGAGAACUUCGUGAGCGGCGGCGACCCGUACCUGGAGUUGGGCUGUGAUGACCUGUGUUACGAGCAGCGGCUAUGCGAUAUGGUCACCUCCAACAGGAACGACCUCGACCACUGCAGCGCCAUCCUGAAGCGCAAGAGGCGAUCCUGAGAGCUUUGCAUGGGACGCUUUACGGAGAUACGGAGUGGCUGACGAGAAUAUCUUAUAACGUACAUUAAUUAAUUAUUUGGAAUAGCGCUGAAAUAGAUAUCACUAAUCCGAAAAAAAAAAAAAAUAUCUAUCCAAUGUUUCCGUACUGGUACUAUAGUGUGGGCGAGUCACGUCAGUGAAGUGGGUGUGUUGAAUGUUGGUAAAGGAGAAAAAUCGGCCUGUUGGUGCUUACUGAAGUGCCUAUAAUGAGUUACACUAUCUAGUCCGAAGCUGGAGACGCUAGAUACUAAAGAUGAAGGACGCAUUCCAUCAGAGCUUCAAAGAAUUGAUAGUUUUACUCCAAACAACAAUGCGUAGCGGUAUAAAUCCCUUAUUCUUUGUCUUAAUAAAACAUAAUAAAGUU